AUGAAAAGGAGUUCAUCAGAGCGACUGGAUCAGAAGGCGGCGUUGUGCUCCGUAGCUUCGUUCCGAACUGACCGGAGUGCAGCAAAUCCAUCACUAAAUGAGUCACAUUCGCGCUUUUCGUUUUUCCGCCGUAAAAAAGAUCGCAAGGAGCGCGAAAAGUUUGAACUGGAUGCUACGGAUGAAUGGAUACGGUAUAGCAGAGAAAACCUUGGAUUAUACGAUAAUGAUAUGCAUGGUGCAAAAAUUCCAGAAAGAAGUUUUUCGAGGUUUCUUGAUGCAUCGAAUGCACUCGCAUACAAAAAUGAUCUUGAACGUACUAUUGCAAAAAAGGUAUUUGUUCCUCGAUUUUGUUUGGUUGAAUAA